ACUAUUGACCGGUUCGGAACUGUUUUCUAGUGUUGUCCUCGCGCUGAAGCUUAUGCCACGUGUUUUCCACAAAAGUGCUAUUUUCGCCCACUUUGCAGGUUUUUGUUGAAAAUUUUUCGGUUCCCCUCUAGGGUUGAGUCGAGCCGCUUUGAUUGGUGAAAUUUUCCAACGAAAAAAAGGCGAACUUUUGACUGUUUUGAUUGAAAACAGGGAAAAAAACUAUCGAGUUGUCAACUGUCCGGGACGGUUACUGUGUGAAAAUAUUGACGAUUUAUUGACUUGUUUCACGUGGUUUGUGGUCUGUGCGGUGCGAAAUGCCAGCCUCACUAGUGUUGGAAGAUGGCACGAUCGUGCACGGUGACAGCUUCGGUGCCGCGGUUGAUUCCGACGGAGAGGUGGUCUUUCAGACGGGAAUGGUUGGCUACCCGGAAUCGAUGACCGAUCCGUCUUACCACGGGCAGAUUCUGGUGUUGACGUAUCCUUUGAUUGGGAACUACGGCAUCCCGGGCGAGGAUCUCGACGAGUGGGGCCUGAUGCGGCACUUCGAGUCGAACAAUAAGAUCUGGACGGCCGGGCUGGUGGUGGGGGAGAUUUGCGACGAACCGUCUCACUGGCGCAGCAAGCUAACCCUGUCGGAGUGGAUGCGCAAGCACCGGGUGCCGGGAAUCAGCGGCAUCGAUACCCGUGCGCUGACUAAGAAGAUACGCGAAAAUGGAACCGUUCUGGGUAAAAUCGUCCAGGGUCACCUCGCAGGUCCAUCCCUCCGGCUGGCCUUCUCCGACCAGAAUCUGCGCAAUCUGGUCGCCGAAGUGUCGCUGGCCAAGCCAAUCACCUACAACGAAACCGGUUCGCCGCGUAUCUGCGCCAUCGAUUGUGGCCUUAAGCUGAACCAGGUGCGCUGCUUCGUCAAUCGGGGUGCCCGGGUGGACGUGGUACCGUGGAACGCGACGCUCGAUCCAGCCAACUUCGAUGGGUUGUUCCUGAGCAAUGGUCCGGGCGAUCCGGAGAUGUGCCAGACUACGGUGGACAACAUUCGGCAGCUGCUUGGGGCGGAUUGCAUUAAACCGAUCUUCGGUAUUUGCCUCGGACAUCAGCUGCUCGCGACGGCUGCCGGCUGUAGUACGUAUAAGAUGAAGUACGGCAAUCGGGGUCACAAUCUGCCCUGCAUCCACCGGGGAACGAAACGAUGCUUCAUGACGUCGCAGAAUCACGGCUUCGCCGUUGAUGCUUCGGCUCUGCCGACUGGUUGGGAAGAACUGUUCACCAACAUCAACGAUCACACGAAUGAAGGGAUCGUGCACGAAAGUAAACCCUUCUUCAGUGUGCAAUUCCAUCCGGAGCAUACCGCCGGACCGGAGGAUCUGGAAGUACUCUUCGAUGUGUUUCUGGACACGGUUAGAGAAUACAAAAUGGGAACGACUGAUGGUGUGGUGUUGGUGAAGGAGAAAUUAAUCCACAGCUUGAAGUAUCAGCCCAAGCGCGAGAUCGACUCCAGUAGACCGAAGAAAGUACUGCUGCUUGGUUCGGGUGGGUUAUCUAUCGGCCAAGCCGGUGAGUUUGAUUAUUCGGGAUCGCAAGCGAUCAAGGCAAUGCGGGAGGAACGCAUCCAGACGGUUUUGAUCAAUCCUAACAUCGCCACCGUUCAAACCUCCAAGGGUCUAGCAGACAAGGUGUAUUUUCUACCGCUGACACCGGAAUACGUGGAGCAAGUAAUCAAGGCAGAACGGCCGGGAGGGGUCCUGUUGACGUUCGGAGGUCAAACGGCCCUUAACUGCGGAAUCGAGUUGGAGAAAGCUGGAGUUUUCGAGAAGUAUAAGGUUAAAAUCAUGGGCACUCCAAUCCAAUCGAUUAUCGAAACCGAGGAUCGUAAGAUUUUUGCCGAGCGAGUUGCGGAAAUCGGCGAGAAAGUGGCGCCUUCUACUGCGGUAUACUCGGUGCAGGAAGCGAUCGAAGCUGCCGAUAAGAUCGGUUAUCCGGUUAUGGCGAGGGCUGCCUUUUCGCUGGGUGGUUUAGGAUCCGGAUUUGCUAACAAUCGCGAGGAAUUGAAACUCUUAGCAGUGCAAGCGCUUGCCCACUCCAACCAGCUGAUCAUCGAUAAAUCGCUGAAGGGCUGGAAAGAGGUCGAGUACGAAGUGGUCCGUGAUGCGUACGAUAACUGCAUAACGGUGUGCAACAUGGAGAACGUGGACCCUCUGGGAAUUCACACCGGUGAAAGUAUCGUGGUUGCUCCGUCGCAAACACUGUCCAACCGUGAGUACAAUAUGCUGCGAUCGACCGCGAUCAAGGUAAUUCGCCACUUUGGAGUCAUUGGCGAGUGUAACAUCCAGUACGCACUGAAUCCGUACUCGGAGGAAUACUACAUCAUAGAGGUAAACGCCCGACUCUCCCGUAGUUCGGCUCUCGCUAGCAAAGCGACCGGCUAUCCACUGGCUUACGUGGCUGCUAAACUAUCGCUUUCGAUUCCACUACCGGAGAUUAGAAACUCCGUCACUGGCGUUACAACAGCGUGCUUCGAGCCAAGUUUGGACUACUGCGUAGUGAAAAUGCCCCGUUGGGACCUAGCCAAGUUCACGAGAGUCAGCAAGCACAUUGGUAGUUCGAUGAAGAGCGUUGGGGAAGUGAUGGCCAUUGGGCGAAAAUUCGAGGAAGCCUUCCAGAAGGCACUGCGCAUGGUGGACAAUGUUAACGGGUUCGAUCCGUACCUGGAAACGGUCAACGAGCAGGAGCUGAAGCAACCGACCGACAAGCGAAUGUUUGUACUGGCGGCGGCCCUGAAGGCCGGUUACACGGUGGAACGGAUCUACGAGCUGACGCAGAUUGAUCGGUGGUUUCUGAGGAAGAUGAAGAACAUUAUUAAUUUCACCGACCGACUGGAAAAGUUGUCCAGCAUUCCGGGCGGGGAGUUGUUGUUGGAGGCGAAGAAAAUCGGAUUUUCCGAUAAGCAGAUCGCUGGACUGAUCAAGAGUACGGAGCUGGCGGUUCGAGUACAGCGGAAGGAAACGGGAGUGCUGCCGUUUGUGAAACAGAUUGACACGGUGGCGGGGGAAUGGCCUGCUUCUACUAACUAUCUGUAUAUGACUUACAAUGCGACGGAAAAUGAUAUCGAUUUUCCCGGGCAGUACACGAUGGUCAUCGGCUCUGGAGUGUAUCGGAUUGGUAGUUCCGUUGAGUUCGAUUGGUGUGCGGUUGGAUGUUUGCGAGAGUUGCGCAACCUGGGGCGAAAAACGAUCAUGGUUAACUACAACCCGGAGACGGUUAGUACCGAUUAUGACAUGUGUGAUCGGCUGUACUUUGAGGAGAUCUCUUUCGAGGUUGUGAUGGACAUUUAUGAUGCAGAGCAACCGGAAGGUAUCAUCCUGUCGAUGGGUGGUCAGUUGCCGCAUAACAUUGCGAUGGAUCUACAUCGGCAGCAGGCGAGGAUUCUGGGUACCACCCCCGAGUCGGUGGAUGGUGCCGAGAAUCGGUUCAAGUUUUCACGAAUGCUCGAUCGGAAGGGUAUUCUGCAGCCCCGUUGGAAGGAGCUCACGAAUCUAGAAUCGGCAAUCGAAUUUUGCGAAGAAGUUGGCUAUCCCUGUCUGGUGCGACCUUCCUACGUGCUAUCCGGAGCGGCGAUGAAUGUCGCCUACUCCAACCAGGAUCUAGAAACCUACCUGAAGCACGCAUCGGACGUCAGCAAGGAACACCCGGUGGUAAUUUCUAAAUUUUUGGUUGAAGCAAAAGAAAUCGACGUGGAUGCGGUUGCUGCGGAUGGGGAGAUCCUGUGCAUGGCAGUCAGCGAGCACGUGGAGAACGCCGGGGUGCAUUCCGGUGAUGCAACGUUGGUCACUCCACCGCAGGAUAUCAACGCGGAGACGCUUGAGCGGAUAAAACAGAUCGCACGCGACAUUGCGGCCCUACUGGAUGUUACCGGACCGUUCAACAUGCAGCUGAUUGCCAAAAAUAAUGAGCUGAAGGUGAUCGAGUGUAAUGUGCGCGUUUCCCGUUCGUUCCCGUUUGUGUCUAAAACGCUGAAUCAUGACUUCGUGGCCAUGGCUACCAAGGUGAUUGUGGGACUGAGUGUUGAGCCGGUGGAUGUCCUGCACGGGUGUGGAAAGGUAGGGGUGAAGGUGCCACAGUUUAGUUUUUCUCGGUUGGCUGGAGCGGAUGUGAUGCUGGGUGUGGAGAUGGCAUCAACUGGCGAGGUUGCCUGCUUCGGUGACAAUCGAUACGAAGCGUAUCUGAAGGCAAUGAUGUCUACCGGAUUUCAGAUUCCGAAACGGGCCAUUUUGCUGAGUAUUGGAAGCUUCAAGCACAAAAUGGAACUUCUGCCGAGCAUUCGGGUGCUGCACAAGAUGGGCUACAAGCUGUACGCUUCGAUGGGUACCGGAGAUUUUUACACCGAGCAUGGAGUGGAUGUGGAAUGCGUCCAGUGGACUUUCGACGCAGCCGUCACCGGGGACGAGAACGGAGGUGCCGGUGAGCUGCGUCACUUGGCGGAGUUUCUAGCGAACAAAAAGUUCGAUAUGGUAAUCAAUCUGCCGAUGAGGGGUGGCGGAGCGAGACGGGUUAGUUCCUUUAUGACCCACGGAUACAGAACCAGACGCCUGGCGGUGGAUUAUUCGAUUCCACUCGUGACGGAUGUAAAGUGUACGAAACUUCUGGUGGAGGCUAUGAACCGAAUCGGUCGAGCUCCAUCGAUGAAAACCCACACGGAUUGUAUGUCCUCUCGGGCGAUGGUGAAACUGCCGGGAUUUAUCGAUGUGCACGUCCAUCUGCGGGAACCGGGUGCAACCUACAAGGAAGAUUUCGACUCCGGCACGGCAGCGGCUUUGGCAGGUGGAGUCACUCUGGUGUGUGCCAUGCCUAACACCACUCCGCCGAUCGUCGAUCGGCAAUCAUUCCAAUUGGUGCAGGACCUAGCCCAGAAGGGAGCACGCUGUGAUUAUGCUCUGUUUGUUGGAGCUUCUUCAUCAAAUUUCACCACUAUCAAUGAAUUGGCACCUCAAGCGGCUGCCCUGAAAAUGUACCUCAAUGAAACCUUCACCACCCUCAAGCUGACCGAUAUGCUAAUCUGGCAAAAGCAUUUGUCUAAUUGGCCCAAGCGGGCGCCACUGUGCGUUCAUGCGGAACGCCAAUCCACAGCCGCCAUCAUUCUGCUAGCUUCCCUCGUGGAUCGGCCAAUUCACAUCUGUCACGUGGCUCGGAAAGAGGAAAUCCUUAUCAUCAAGGCAGCCAAAGAACGUGGCAUCAAAAUCACCUGCGAAGUUUGUCCCCAUCAUUUGUUCCUUUCCACUGCGGAUCUCGAUCGAAUCGGCCGUGGAAGAGGAGAAGUCCGCCCAGUUCUUUGCAGUCCCGAGGAUCAGCAAGCUCUGUGGGAGAAUCUGGACGUCAUCGACGUAUUCGCGACAGAUCAUGCACCGCAUACACGUGAAGAGAAAGAAUCCGCCAACCCACCGCCCGGCUUCCCAGGACUAGAAACGAUCCUGCCGCUGUUGCUGAAUGCCGUCAACGAAGGUCGUCUUACGGUGGAAGAACUGAUUGCGAAAUUCUACAAAAACCCCAAACGAAUCUUCAGCCUGCCGGAGCAACCUAACACGUACGUUGAGGUGGACUUCAACGAGGAGUGGACCAUUGCCGACUGUCCGCCGCAAUCGAAGGCCCGCUGGACUCCGUUUGCCGGCACGAAGGUAAAGGGUCGCGUUCAUCGAGUGGUGCUCCGAGGGGAGACCGCUUUCGUCGAUGGGGUUGUUCUCGUCAAUCCGGGCUACGGUCAGAAUGUGCGCGAGUGGCCCCUAAAGAAACCGACGGUGGCACCAUCGGUGGCAAAGAUCAACACCUCGCUGGAUGGGUUGGAUUUACUGUCGAUUACCAAAUCUUUGGAUAAUUCCCGACAGGGGUUGGACUUCUGGGAUGCGGAUGGUACUACGAACGAUGUUUUCGCUAAGCUACUAGCCACCGCUGGGACCGGUGCUGCGGAAUCGAACAAGCUUGGGGUGCACUUCGGGGAUCCUAUGAUGCGUGCCAUUUCACCGCUGCCGAGAAUUCGCUGCGAUUCUACCAGCACCUAUGGAAAGGAGGCUCAUUCGAUGGCUGCUGUCGCGUCUACUGGGGUGCCUCGGGAGAAAUAUCUUGCGGGGAAGCACAUUCUUAGUGUCGAAAUGUUCAGCAAGGAGCAGUUGAAUGAGAUUUUCAACAUCGCUCAAACGAUGCGCGGACGGGUGACGAAGGAUCGUCCUCUGGACGAUCUGUUGCGCGGGAAGGUGAUGGCGUCGGUGUUCUACGAAGUUAGCACCAGAACCAGCUGCAGUUUCUCGGCCGCUAUGCAGCGGCUGGGUGGACGAGUGAUUUAUAUGGAUGAAACAAGCUCUUCGGUGAAAAAGGGUGAAACAUUGGAAGACAGCAUUUUGGUGAUGGCGGGAUAUUCGGAUGUGGUUGUGCUGCGACAUCCGGAACCGGGAGCCGUUUCGAGAGCGGCUCAUCACUGCCGGAAGCCGCUGAUUAACGCCGGUGAUGGAAUUGGCGAGCAUCCGACCCAAGCGCUGCUGGAUAUUUUCACCAUCCGGGAGGAGAUCGGUACCGUGAACGGAUUGACGAUUACGAUGGUCGGUGAUUUAAAGCACGGACGGACCGUUCAUUCACUGGCGCGGCUUCUCACCCUGUACAACGUUAAUCUGCGCUACGUCAGUCCGAAGAAUCUCGGCAUGCCGGACAAGAUCUGCAAGUUUGUGGAGUCCAAGGGUAUCACGCAAAAGAUCUACGAUAACUUGGAAGCCGCCAUCGCCGAAACGGACGUUCUCUACAUGACCAGAAUUCAAAAGGAGCGUUUCAGUUCCGAGGAGGAGUACAAGCAGUGCUGCGGUCAGCUGGUGCUGACCCCGCAGAUCAUGACUCGCGCCAAGCGUCGCAUGAUUGUGAUGCACCCGCUACCGCGGGUGUUCGAGAUCAGCAAGGAAAUCGACAUCGACCCGAGGGCAGCCUACUUCCGCCAGGCUGAGUAUGGUAUGUACGUUCGGAUGGCCAUUCUUGCCAUGGUGCUCGGUAAGUGUUGAUCUGCGCUUGGUUGGCAGUCAUCAUCCGAGUUUCGGCUUACAAAGGUUAGCAUUUUUUUUCCUACUUUUAUUAUUCCAAUAAGGAUUCUUAGAACCAACAUUUACAAAACUAUCUCGCCAUACAAAAUAUACACGUUACACUACUAUUGUCUAGAAUAGCUAGACCUGAUAA